AUGAGCAUCGUAACUCUCUCACCCCUGGCCCCUGAACCGCCGUCCCCGAUGGUCACCUCCAUCACCCCCGUCACCCCGACCGUUGACCCUGACACCUCCACCUCCCCCGCUGCGUUCGCCUCCGACCCUCUCAGCCUGGACCCGGAGCAUCAGUCCCAGGGCGGGGCUUCCUCGCCCGGCCCCGGUCCCAGCCGAGGCAGCCUCACUGGGGGAGGACCUCACCUGGCUCGAGACCCCUCUCGGAGGUCAAAGAAACCCCCCCCCCUCCACACGGGGGCUGACUGGAAGGUCGUCCUCCACCUACCAGAGAUCGAGACGUGGCUGAGGGCGACCAGCGACAGAGUCACGCAGCUCUCACACUCUGUGGGACAGGACAGCGACAACAGACACGUGGACGUCCACCUGGUGCAGCUCAAGGACAUCUGCGAGGACAUCUCGGACCAUGUGGAGCAGAUUCACGCCCUGCUGGAGACAGAGUUCUCCCUGAAGCUGCUGUCCUACUCCGUCAACAUCAUCGUUGACAUCAGGACGGUGCAGCUGCUGUGGCACCAGCUCAGAGUCUCAGUUCUGGUCCUGAAGGAGCGUCUGCUGCAGGGUCUGCAGGACUCCAACGGGAACUUCACCCGCCAGACCGACAUCCUACAGGCCUUCAGCGAGGACCAGCACCAGACCCGUCUGGACGCUCUGACGGAGGUGGACGACUGCGGUCAGCUGACCAUUCGCUGCAGCCAGGACUACUUCUCUUUAGACUGCGGCAUCACCGCCUUCGAGUUGAGUGACUACAGCCCCGGUGACGAGCCAGAGGCCAGGGGGACUGAGCCAGGCGGCGAGGACCCCUCCCAGGAGCUGGAUCAGACCCAGGGCUCGAUCCUGGAAGCGGGUCCAGAGCAAAGCGAAGGAUCCCGCCUCUCAAACCACGAUCUCCAUAACAGCUUACCUGAACUCACCACGCCCGGCGACUCAACAAACCACAACCAUUCUCCGUCAGUUUUACCCACAGUGAACCACAGUGAAAGCGCAAAGCGCCCCCUGCAGGGCGUGAGCCACAGCACCGAAGUGUCGCCCACGCAGCCGUCACUCCCCAAGAGAGCCGCUCUGUUCUCAGACAGAGGAACCAGGGCGGAGGACUCAAGGGGAGGUCCGGGGAAGCUGGUCUCCGGGCUCCAGUUCCAGGCCGAGCUCAGUCAGAGCACCCCUUCUCUCAUGGAUCCUCCAGACCGCUCCAAGUUCUGGUUGGAGCUGGACUCGGUCUAUCCAGAAAAUGUUUCGCAGUCCUAUGAGAGUCUUCAGGUCAUGAACGGGCGCAACCUCCAGAGGAACCAUGUGAGCUCCCGGCACACAGGGGGGAGCGUACAGAGGCCGCUGACUGACCCGCGGAGCUCGCCUGGGACCGGACCGACCGCCGGCGCCCCCCCGCCUCUCCAAGACCCGAUGUCUCAGGAUGAAAUAUCAAAAGAAAUAGAGAGGACGCAGAAGGAGACACAUGCGCACAGUGAGGGGGACUCUGACUCCUCGUUGCCCUCCCCCAUGAGGGAGCAGUUCCUCUCCUCAGACCUGGAGGCGUCCGGAGAGGAGUCAGACCCCCGACCGCCUCCCGGCAAGACGGCGGUCUGGAUCGUGAAGCGCCAGGGUCAGAAGGGGGCCCCGGUUUCAUCGAAGGCCAGCCCAGACAGGGAGCACUGGUAUGGGUCAGAAGAGUUCCUGGCCCUCCCCGCUCAGCUCCGUAAGACGGAGAUGCUCGCCAUGAAACUGGAAAGUCUGGCUCAGUCCAUCCCGCUGAGGCCGACUGGCCGUGACUCUACCCAGGAGGCUUUGCAGGAUGUGGACGACUGGGACCUGACGGAGCUCAACCCAGACUGGGACCUCGCGGAGAGUGGGGACGACGUUCCCUCUCCGCUGCCGCCGCUGCUUCCUUACAGACGAAACCUCGUCAGUCGCGUUAGCUCCACCUCCUCCAGCGAUAUCGCUCCGUCGCUGGACGAAAGCAUCGAGUCCGGCCCCUUAAGUGACCUGCAGUCUGAAGACGAUGAAGGGCGGAGGUCUGCGGACCGCCGCCUGCAGCUGACAGCGCCCCCGGUGGACGGGCGUGGCGGCGCGCCCCUGGUGCAGCGGCUGCUGGAGGACAUUCAGAAUCAGGACAAAGACCCCGACGUGUGGAGGAAGAUGGAGUGUUUCGUGCAGCAGUUGGACGGGUUCAUCUCGUGGCUGCAGGAGGCGCUGGACAGCACAGAAAACUGGACGCAGCCCAGACAGGAGCUGGACAGCCUGAGGGUGUACCUGGAUACACACCUGAGUUUCAAGCUGAACGUGGACAGUCGCGGCGCCCUGAAGGAGAGCAUCAUGGAGGAAGGCAGAGCCCUGCUGCCUGUCAUCACCUCCCACCAAUCAGGUCUGAAGGAUAUCCUCCAUAUGGUCUCCAGCCAAUGGGAUCAGCUCCAGCGGCAGAUCCGGCGCCAACAUGGCUGGAUGCUCCGCGCCCUCCGCUGCAUCCAGGCCCGCCUCCUCUACACCAGCCAAUCGCACGAGCCCUUCGCACACUCGGGAGAACCCGCGGCCAAUCGGCAGGCUCCGUGCCCAGCGGACGGCCUCAAGGCUGAGCUGAUCUCCAGUCAGUGUGAAGCCCAGCGAGCUGCCCUGGAGCAGAUGGCCGUCAAACUGAGCAACCUGCAGUACCCCUCGCCCGCCAGCAGGAGGCACUACAGCCAGCUGGCCAGGAGCAACAGUCUGCAGGAGUUUGAGGCUGAGUACCAGGAGCUCUGGGAUUGGCUGAUGGACAUGGACGCCAUGGUAACGGACAGUCACCAGCUGAUGAUGUCAGAGGAGCAGAGACAUCACCUCUUCAAGAGCUCCCACGCUGAGCUGAUGAUGAUGGAGAGCAGGAAGACCAGCCUGCUGGGCCGAGCAGAGUCUCUGAAGAGGAGCGGGACCGAACUGCCCGCCACCUUCCACCGCAAAAUACACAACCUGACGCACACAUGGAGACAGCUGGAGAAAAUCCUCUCAGAGCACUCUGGACCCAGAUCUUCCCAGCGGAACCAGUCGGCCAACGCGAGCUCCUUGCUGGUCGGCGGUCGGGGCGUCGCCGCGGACAACCCCCGCUCGGCGCUCUCCCCGCUGACCAACUCGCUGCUGGAGCAGCUGGAGGCUCGGAUCAAAGAGCUGAAGUCGUGGCUGCGGGACACCGAGCUCCUCAUCUUCAACUCCUGCCUCAGGCAGCACAAAGACGCCUCCGAGCAGCUCCAGAGCUUCAAGUCUCUGUGUUCGGAGGUGCGAGCCCGACGCCGAGGAGUCUCCUCCGUCCUGAAACUCUGCCAGAAGCUGCUGCAGCAGAGCCAGUCGGGCCCCAUGGCGGAGGUGGGCCCAGAGGCGGAGCAGCACUGGGAGGCCCUGCAGCUGCUGUCAAUCAACCUGGAGAGGAGGUGGGAGGCGAUCGUGAUGCAGGCGCUGCAGUGGCAGAACAGACUGAAGAGAGAGCUGGGAGAGCAGCAGGUUCCUGGCAACUUUCUGGAACCAGGUCUAGUAGACCUCCACCAGAUCAGCCCAGUCCCAGCUGGUCCAGUGGCACUGCCGCCAGAUGACUUCUGGGAAUGGGAUGAAACCGAUAUGACAAUCACAGAACCAGAGCCGCAAGAAGUACCACAACCUGACCUUACGCACAACCUCCCCACAGAAUCAAACAUGCCUUCGGAUAGUGUUCUGUCCAAUGGGAAUCAACCUGAACGGAUGCAAACCGAUGUUUCAGCCAGUCCUUGUCCUGAGAUGAUGUCCAGUAUGAGGGUUGGAUCCACAUCAGAGGUUCAGCCCAAUGUCAUGUCCCAAACUCUUCCAUCUUACAACAAUAACAUCUACCAGGUGUACAGCCUCCACACUGUCGAACUGUACAGACAGCCUCAGUUUCCUCACGCUUCCUCCUCGCUGCACAAAACCAAAUCAGGAAAACGCAAACAGCACCUCCUGCUGAAGAGCCUGAGUAAGGACUCCUCAUUCUCCUCCAUCGAAUCCCUCCCAGACCUCCUGGGAGGUUUGAUGUCGAACGGCAGAGGAGGAGAUAGACUCGUUGACCACCGGGAUGAGGAGAGCGAGAGAGAGGGUGGCAGAGGCAGCGGCCAAUCGGCAAGCAGUCGACGGUCAGAGAGUGAGAGCGGGAUUGUAAGCGAUACAGGAGAGACGGAGACGCCGACAACAAACUCUGAAAUCCAGGUAGAGGAAGAGGAUCAGGAGGAAGAGGAGAAGAAGGAGCAGAGGAAGGAUGAAAUUGUAGACAGAAGUCAUUUGGCCCUGCACAAAGGUAACGUCACCAGGCGCAACCAAAGAAAAGCCAAAACAGAGGAGAAUGUGAAGGAGAGAGGAUGGAGAAGGGAUGACGUCAGAGGUGAGAGCAGAAGGAACAGAGAGGAGGAGAAAAAGAGGAGGCAGAGGAGAGGAGGAGGGGAGGCGGUUGAGAUCCUAAUCAAUGGGCGUGGAAUCCUGACUCCCGCUGACUCCGACUCUGACUUUGAGGUGGGGGGACUUGGUGGAGACUCCUCCAAGUCCCUUAUGUCCCACAGUGACAUCAUAGAGUUCAAAGCUGACCAGUUUAGUGGUUUGGAAACGCCUCCUGCUCUCAGCCACCAGGCAUCGAAUCCCGUUUUAUCUCAGACCUCCUCUCUGGAGUCCAUUCUGGCUCUGGGUGUGGAGCUAUUUCCCUCCAAAGACCUGCUGCAUCGUAGCGCCUCUCUGGAGAGCUGCCUGGCCCCAUGUCAUAGCACUGAUGGUGAUACCGGAGGCAGCCUGGCCAGCCUGCGGGAGCUGGACCUGGGGCAGAGCAGAGAGGUGGAUGGAGGAGAACCAGGAAGGCAGAAGAACAAUGAAAGUGCACAAGGAGAACCGUCCUCAGGGGAGCUCAGCCGAAGAACUCUUGAUCUCCUCAAACGCCUGGAGAACAUCCAGAAUCCCCUCGCAGCUAAGAUGACCCGCAGUGUUUCCGACAUGACUCUUCGGAGCAGCUCUCCGCAGAGGAGCAGACUCCCUGCCUCACCCUCUCUUGGUGGUCGACACGCCCCCCUUUCCGGGAUUUCAGGCUCUUCACGUAAAGGGCCGCCAUCCCUGAUCAACGAGAGCUCGGCAACAGCGUCGUUAACGGAGCUGAGUAGCACAGAGGACUCAUCUCUGGGUUCCGAAGAUUUUGCUAUGCUCAGAAAUCACCGCCACCUCUUCCUGGAUCCCACCAUGGCUGACAAUGCCAACUCGAGCUCCCAUAGGAAACGCCGCCACGGAAACAGCCGAGGAGGACAAGGGAUGGAUGAAACAGAUGCGGCGAGUUUGAGCCUGAUUGUAAACGUCUCUUGUACGUCAGCCUGCACAGAUGAUGACGAGGAUGACAGCGAUCUUCUGUCUUCCUCCACGCUCACUCUCACUGAGGAGGAGCUAGGUGUUCGGGAUGGAGAGGAUGAAGAGGAGGACAGGUUGAGCGAUGCCUCCUCUGGCAACGAGGACGGCGAGGAUGAUGAUGGAGAGGAGAUGGAGGGCUCUUACGUCCUGGGACUGGAGUACAUGAAGAGGGAGCUGCAGACUUGGAUCCGAUCUCCUCGAACCUCGUCUUCCUCCUCCUCUAAAACAGAGGCAGGCCUACGGGAUGAGCUGCAGUGUGGGACCAACCUCUCCUCCACCUUCACCUCCUCCUCUCAGAACAACGACCAGCACUGCUUCCUCAACCGCACUGCAGCAAAAUUAAUGGAAACCGACACUAACGCUGGCAACAACAAAACCAAAAGGGGUCAUAAAGAGCAGGAAGAAGAGGAGGAGAACCGGAGGAACGCAACAAGAAGCUACAUAAGCCAGUUUGUGGAUGACGUGGAGAACGGAAACAUUGACCAGAGUUGUUUUAAAGGAAAAGACGAGGAUGAUGAACUCCUUCGAGAGGAGUCGAGUGUGUUCACAAAGAAAGGAGAGUCACUGAGGGAGUCUUACGUGUUUGCCAAAACAGGGGAGUCGGUUCAGGAUGUUAGUGACCUGAUCGUGAAAACAGAAUCAAACUCAGCGAAGCAGCUUUCUGCAUCACCCUCCUGUGAGCGCCUCCCCUUCCUGUCCAAACGGGUUUCCUCUUUAGUGGGACAGCUGAGAGGGGAGUUGCCCUGUCACAGCUCCUCCUCCCUCCCCUCGCCUCCUUCCCUCUCACCCAUCGAGGACUGCAGAUCCCACGAUGCCUUGCAAAGCAGCAGGCUGGCGGCCGGGGGACGAAAGGCCAUCACCAUCCAGGAAAAGUUCAAAUUCUCGUCUUUUGUGACGGAGGAGACGAAGAGGGAGGUUAGAGACAAGGAGUCGUCCCUGCCUCCCAAAAAAAGGCACAGUUCUCACUCCUCCUGCUGCAACCAUCUGCCCUCCCCCUCCUCCCUCCAUCCAUGCGGCGUAGAGGAGGGCAAGAAAGAGAACGUGCAUGACUUUGUCAUGGAGAUCAUUGACAUGACCUCGCUGGCGCUGAAGAGCAAAGAGAAUCAGCCGGAAGAACCGAACCAGACCGAUAACAGCGGGUCCGUCUCAGACCAAAGUCCUGCAGCACUAACACAGAUCAGAGACAAGGUCCUCGAACACUCCCACCGGCCUCUCCACCUUCGGAAGGGAGACUUCUACUCCUACCUGUCUCUCUCCUCCCAUGACAGCGACUGUGGCGAGGUCAGCCAGUGCUCCGAGGACAAGAGCUCCACCCCGGUGCCCUACAGCAUCCCGUCCUACGUCACGCCAACGCAAGGCCUCCGCAGCCCGAGCCCCGAGCUGUUCGCCGGCAGCAAACAACUAACAUCAGCCUCACGCUCGGAUCCAACUUCCAAACACUCCAAGAACGACUUCUGUGCUCUUGACUUGAAGCCAGCUGACUGUCAGACUAACAGAGCUGCGAACGGUAGCCACACUGAGGAGCUCACUAGCCCCUCUCUGUCCCUGCCCCCGAGCCCAGACAUCAGGGAUGAGGAGACCCUGUUUGCAACCUGCACAGAGGAGGUUUAUCUGGGCCCUCCUCUCUGCUACAGCAUGGUGCUCUCCAAGAAACCCCGACGGUUCAUGCUGAAGGAGGGUUUGGACCCUGGCUACGAACUGAACAACAGUCUAUCUUACUCUCCUGGUUCCAAACCAGGUGAUAGUCUGAGCUAUCUGUCUCCCUCAAAGGAGUCUGUGUUGGAUAGAAACCAGGAUCACCUGUAUUUCCAAGGAUCCAGUCCCACAGAGGAAACACAGAGCUCCUUCCCUCCUUUCCUGGAGCCUUGUUACAGCUCAUUCUCCUCCUCCUCGCCAUCAAACAGCGUCUCCGCCUCUCUCCAGGGGCCCGGCUCCAAACCCAAAGACGACAACCUUUCCUCUCCUCCUCCCGUGUCCUCUGGCGCUGAGGAAGAGAGGCGAGGUGAGGACCCGUACCUCCUCUGUGAUGUCGCUGGAGGAGAAGUCGCGGCCGCUGUGAGUGUCAGUGCGCCGCAGGAGGAGAGGAGUCGUAAUGAGGGGCCUCCUUAUCUUAAUCCCCGGGCGCGUGUCGCCCCGAUAGACUCCUCCGCAGCCGAAUGUUUGGCAGAUACUAAAACGCUUGAAUCCAAUAUGGGCGCCGUAAUGACCAAGAUAAGUGUCUGCAGCUCCGCUACAAAUCCCUCAAAAGAGCCAGCCGCCACCGCCACGCGUAUUAAUCCCAAAAUUAACUGCUCGCCGAUGAGAGAGGCAGAUAGGGAGGAGGGGGAGAGGCGAGGAGAGGUGGAUACUCGGCGGGUGGAGCAGGAGGAGAAGGGGAGGAGAGGGCGGAGCGGCUCGCAGCAGGAAGCGAAGACAGCAGCAGAGAAGCAGGUAAGCUCUCAAUCAGCUGUCCAUCAUGGCAACAGAGCAGGGCGGAGCCAAACCUCAGUGAGACCGCCCACAGCGAGGACAGUCAGAAGACUACCUGUGUUGGGAGUAGGAACCUCCAGGAUCCAGCUGUAA